GCAGCUGUGACGCAAUCGCACUUUACACGCGGCUUUCAGGUGCAGGACGCAGCUGAAGAGAACUAUAUCUGGUCAAGAUAGUUUAGUGUUGCGCUGUGAAAGCAUGAGUAUGUCUGCUGCUGUGACUCUAGCGCUGCUGUUCUUCUUGUCUGUGGCACUGAACGAGCAGGUGACCGAGGGCUGCACAUGUUUACCAGAACACCCUCAACAGCAGUUCUGCGAGUCUGACUUCGUGAUUCGAGCUCAGAUCAUUCAAAAGCUUCCCAGCAUUCACCCUCUUUUAACUGCAUACGAAAUCCAAACUAUCCAGAGGUUUAAGCUCUCAAAGGGAAUUCAGGUCAUCUACACACCUCAUGGCAUGAAUCUGAACAACGGCGACUAUCUGCUGUCAGGACAUUUCAGUGACGGCGUGGCGGUUGUUAAUUUAUGUGACCGUGUGGAGCCUUGGAACAACCUCUCCUCAGUUCAAGAGCGCUACCUCAACCUGUAUUGGAUGGGCUGUGGCUGUAAGAUCUUGCCCUGUUUUGGAAAGUCCUGUUUGAUCGAGAUUCUUCAGAAAAACUGUCUGGUAAGAAUCAAUGAUUCACUCGUUCUCGACGAUGAAGAGGCUCUUCAGUCUAUUUGCCUGCCAGGCAAUGCCGGCUUCUGCACAUGGCACAAAUUCGUAAGGAACUACAAAAGCUCUUAAAAAUGACGCCCUGAAGAACAAGUGCAUCCGCCAUUCACCAGUGUACAGUUUUUGUCCUUUUAUUCUCCAUGCAUUGAAUGCUUGGAACAUUUUGAAGUGAAUUUGAUGAUUUGCUUUGCAACACAGUCAUCACAUCAAAAACACUGUUUUCAUGGAGAUUUGCAAUCAACCAUUAAACUGUUUUGCAUGUAGAAGUGUCUG